CCUGAAUGUCAGUGUGUUCAACGUUUCUGAAACUCCUGUGCGUAGUAUACUCACAUAUCCUCAUUAUCGGUGCUGGGCUGGGUUUAGUACACUGAACUUAUUCCUAAACUCUUUUCUUGUAUCCUGCCUAUUUAGCAUAUCUUGCGCCAAAUAGUCCUGUGCAAACGAUAGCGCUUUUUCUUCUGAAGGCGCGCAGCCACGAUGAACGGUCUUCCAGACGUGGCGGGUGGCCUUUUCACCUCAACUUAUCGAAAUGUUAAGCUAGCUGGAAAAGCACCGCCAGCAACUAACCUCACGGGGACAGGCUCGUGCUUUGACACGACAACACUAUCUCCAGCACGAGCGGGUGCUCACAAGCUACUUGACGUCGGGAAAGAAGAGCUCCCUGUCUGGUCCAAGUCCACUCUUACAUAUAAGUAUCCUGCGGGGAGGCCGAACCCAAGUGGGUAUCUGAGGAAGGGAGAUGGCGAGCUUAUCAAGACGCGGACCGGUGGACCGGUUGAGGAGAACAAACCAGUACCACCACCAGCGGGGGCAUACAAGCGCCGGGAAAACCCGCCAAACACUGCUUUCCGGCGGUUCUAUGAGCGCGGCGACCUUCCCAUCGCUGUCGACCACCGCGGGUCGAAAAACAUGAUCGCAUGGAAGGUCGACAUCGAGAAGCUCGACUACCACCACUAUCUGCCGAUCUUCUUUGACGGCAUUCGCGAAACCCAGGAGCCUUACCGCUUCCUGGCGGUUAAGGGCGUGGAGGACAUGCUGCGCGUGGGAGGGUCAAAGAUCCUGCCUGUCAUCCCACAGCUAAUCAUCCCCAUUAAGACGGCGCUCAACACGCGCGACCACAGCGUCAUGUGCAUCACGCUACAACUACUGCAGAAGCUGGUGCUGUCGGCGGACCUCGUAGGCGAGGCGCUGGUGCCCUACUACCGCCAGAUCCUGCCCAUCUUCAACCUCUACAAAAACAAGAACAAGAACCUGGGCGACGGCAUUGACUACGGCCAGCGCAACUACGACUGCCUGGGUGAGCUGAUUGCCGACACGCUAGCGCUGUUUGAGCAAAAGGGAGGUGACGACGCGUUCAUCAACAUCAAGUACAUGGUUCCCACGUACGAGUCUAGCGUAAACUACGCAUAAGCGGAAGUGUGGACAUUCACCGGGAUAUGGGCGCUUGGGAGCGGUCGGAAGAUAUGCGCAAUGGGAGGUAAACAUCAAGCGUUGCAGGUCGUGCGGUUCUGCGUUGUUGGGGGAGCGCGGUCUCGCAGCAUCAUGGCACAGGAGCCCCUACACAGCACCUGACGCACACCUGUAUAGAUGCGCCCCUUACGCAUUGAUGCUGGGAGGCUUGCCAGUUCUCUCGCCAUUGGCAGUGUGUGAGGGGUGACGACUUGGGUGCGAGCGGUUUGGAGCCAAGGGGUUGCAGGGUGAUGGCUGGCUGGCUAAUGCAGUGGUGCUUGGUAGGCACAGGUUCCUAUGGUGUUAUGGCCUUGCAGCGUAGCGUGGGGGCGCCCCAGAGGGGGGUGAUAGGGUUGGUAGGUCAGCGGCUGCGUCUAUGCCGCAAGGACUGACUUGACCAACAUGUACAGGUCCGUUGUGACACUUACCCUGACGUUACCGUAACCAGGCUAUGUCUUUUUACUGUCUAGAUUGUAGCUCUCUUUGCCCGCUGGGACGCGGCGUCUUCGGGCUGCAUUUCCCCCUCUAAUUAACAGAUUUGGUUGUGGUGUGUUUAGGUGUCCCGCAGGAGGGGUAACAGAUAAACAGUUGUAGUUACCAGGUUUUAGGGACGUGGGGCGCAGAGCUGCGGGUUAGCGGGUAGGUUUGCAUGUCCUCAAGCAUUUGGGCAUUUAAAGCGUACGAAAUGGACGGCCUAGCCUAACUACGCAGGAAUUGCAAGGCGCUGCUUAGUUCGUUUUGGAGGAUGGCGGCGCAUCCAUGUGUAGAUUGUGUACCCGGCGAUCUGCUUGUGCUGAAAUGCCGGAAUGGCUUUUGCCAAGCCCUUAGGGGUGGCCAGCCAUGUAAUGUUUGGUGCAAUCCGCUCCCCAGCGUUGCUCUCAUGAGGAUGGGGAUUGGACGGCGCUUAACAGCACGCAAAGCCCUACGUCCUGAGCUCGAGCCUGUUCAAGCGACAACCCCCACCCCUGUUUCUGUGACAGCUCUCCGUGUAUAGAAAUGGCUUACACGGAGUUUUUGCACUUCUCGAAUCCCCCCUGACGCAGGGAUAUGACACGGUCCUGUGUAUGCUGACGUCACAUUCCAUGUUAGAACUGGACUGCCCCUUUCGUCGGGAGCCAGGGUGGGCUCUUCGGCUUCUUAUUUUGACCCCAGGCUUCUGAACGAAUGCUUUCGUUAACUGAAUGUAAAUGGCAGGAGUU